AUGGGCCUAAAACUGCUGCUCUGUGCCAUUCUUCUGGCUAGCGUCGCUUUCGGCGACAAUCGAAUUGGGAGAAGUGUGGGAGCGCACGCCUGGGACAAGCUGCUACGCGCGCAGCUCUCGAAACAAGGGCACGACAUCAAGGACAGUACAAAAGAAUCGCCUUCUUCCCCUCCCUCCACUCUGCCGUUGUGGGACAUUCGCCGAGCGCUUGCUGAGAAGCAAAUGGCUGUUUGGGGCGAUGAACUGUCUCGGGUUCUUCCCGACAACGACAAGUUGCUGCUGGCCAGCAUCAUCUACCGGGAUAACUCGAUUCUGGCAAAAGGACUUCUUUUCAACGUGACGAUGAACCUGUUGAAGGCCAAUGGAUUUCCCAACUUGCACCAACCGCCCGCUCUCAAGUCCACUUCUACGAUCGCCGAUAUGAAAAAACGCACGGAGGCUUUGGAAUAUUUGAUGGAAAUUGCUGUUACACAUUUGCUCAAGAAAAAUCGGUCGGAGGGAUCGUCGCCAUUGUUCCAGCAAGUGACCUGCAUUUGUCUCCAAGAUGCCUCGGAAUGCAAAUCGCAGAAAGUGAUCGAGGUCGUUCGGCCGCUUCCGAAAGGCCAAAUCCCAUUGUGUGUAGAAUCGACGAUUCUGGAGCAGGGGAACAAUGGAAACUAUGCUAUUUCUGAGUCUACCCGCAAGGUGGCCGUCAUCCUGUUCGACCUGCAGCUGGUUGACCGGACGAGUCUCAACUCUGGUGAACGGGCUCGUAUCUUUGAGGAUUCGGCUCGCCGUAUUGUUGAACAAUUCACCAAAUUGCCGCCAGAUGUCGAUGCGUUGAUCAAAAAACAUUGUGGAGGUAUUGCAACGCUACAGCGGAAGGAUCAAUUUUUGGACAGCUGGUGUCACAUUGCCACCCGGAUGCUCGAUGUGGAAAAUGUUGACGAGCUGCCUUACAAGAUGGCCAACUGGACCAAAAAGUUCCCGCACGACAUGAACACCGUUAUGGUGCAGAAGCGCUGCGAGCACGAUAAUUUCCCCAAGGAACCCUACUUCAUCACGUUUUGCAACAACUUGGAUAAUUCUACUAUUAUCUACCCGGAUUUUAUCUCUGAUGUGGGAAUCGAUCUCGAGAACCUUGUCGAAAAUGGCCGCCUGCAGACUAUGGAUGGUACGAUUGUGGCUGCGAACAAGUUGCUCGAAGAUCUGGCGAAGAAGCUAGCCAAUCGUGGC